AUGUGGCCUCAUCCUUAUCCUUUGGUCUCAGAUAUUCGCUCCAUGUUGUCGGUAGAACUUUUGAUUUCUACAUGCUCUUCAGUUGUUCAUUUAUACAGCGUUCUACCAGAUCCCAAGUACUAUGGUUACUCAUAUGCAGAGAUGCCGGGAAAGUAUAAUGUGGCUUUCAUCACUGUAGAUUUGCCAUUGAAUGUAAUCACAACUUUAAUAGGAACAAUAUCUUACGUCACUAUGUUCAUGUAUGUUUAUAAAAUGCAAAGAAAAGCCCAAGUACAAGCUCCGCUGACUAUGAAGGAAGUUCGGAUUUGUUUUCAUUUCUUUCUGAUGUUCAUAACCUAUCUAUGUACUUGGCUUUCCUUUUUUUUCUUUCCUCGUAUAGGAAUAAAACAAACUGAGCUAUAUCUUAUAACCACAGUAAUGUUGACAGGAAAUUGCGGCAUGAACUCGCUCAUUUAUAUAUUUCUUAAUAAAAAUAUCAAUAAGCAACUGCGUUCAUUGACUUUCGUCUUACUGUGUCAAAAACCCGUAUGUCACAAUAGCUUCAUCGUCGCCAAAACGAUAACACCAGAUCCGAAGAAGAACUCAGAGUUGCAUGCCAAGACGAACAACUCACCAAACAAAUAA